GCUAAUGUGUCUCAGGUUUCUAACCGUCAUGCACUGCUUCGCUCGGUCUGCGCAGCGCCGCCUGCAGUCGAGCACACAAACAUCAACACACCUACACAUCAACACACAAACAUCAACACACCUACACAUCAACACACAAACAUCAACACACCUACACAUCAACACACAAACAUCAACACACCUACACAUCAACACACAAACAUCAACACGGUUUGCUUUCAGUAUCGCAGCACUCAUUAACACACAGGCGGUCAAGCGCUGGUCAGGCGUCACGGGAGAGUUUGAUCCGGAUCAGGAUGGACGCGCCCGAUGCAGUGUUCUUCCCGGACCGACGGGCUCCUGCCAGUCACCUCCUGCUGGAGCAGCUGCCCAGUUAUCAGUCUCUACUGUACCGGAGGAAGUCCAGCUCCAGCGGCAGCACCAGGAGGCGGGGCAGACAGCCGUCAAUCAACAGUGGGAAAUGGGCGGAGCAGAAACCUGUCCACAGCGGGGAGGAGCUCAAACCUGUGAGGGAGCUUCCCAAGAGCAUGCAGGAGAAACGGCAGGAGAAGCAGCAGCGUCUCCAGCAGGGCGGCGCUCUCACCGGCUGGGGUUUGUGGAGGCUCAAUGUCCAUCGCUCUCUGAAGCGUCUCAAGGAGGACGGGAUGGAUGUGCUCUCAUCUCUGCAGCUCUGGAGGGCAGAUAUUCAUCUCAUCGAGGGCAUGUUUGGGACAGGAAUCCUGUCGUAUUUUUCAUUCCUGCGCUUCCUGGUGCUUCUGAAUUUCAUCAUGUUUCUGCUGAUGUUUGUGUUUGUGAUGCUGCCGGUGAUUAUCACGUCACACAGUGCACACAACGUCACCUACAGCAGCAGCAGCAACGUGAGUGCGUGCAGUGAGUAUCUGGGCUCCUCUCGCCAGGGUCUCGUCGUGUUUCAUGAGCACAUCACAGACCUGCUGUCUGGAACGGGCUUCCUGGAGCACACGUACCUCUUCUACGGUUACUAUAAGCUGGAGUUCAUUCAUUCCCACUUCACCUACAACCUGCCGCUGGCGUAUCUGCUGGCCACCGUCACGUACCUGCUGCUGAGCCUCGUCUGGAUCGUCAAGAGGUCUGCGGCCGGUUUCAAGCGCAAGCUCAUACAAGACGAGGACCGCUUCCAGAGCUUCUGCAAUAAGGUCUUCGCCGGCUGGGACUUCUGCAUCACCAACGAGAACGCUGCACGUCUCAAGCGGAGCAGCCUACUGUACGAGCUCAAGAUGGAUCUAGAGGAGGAGCGAAUCAAGCGCAAGAUGGCCAACCGCACGCGCGGCGAGAAGUGUCGCAUCUACGCUCUCAGAGCCGCUCUCAAUCUCUUCGUCAUGGCCGUCCUGGUCGCCUGCUUCUACUGCAUCUACGAGGCCACGGUCUUCUCGCAGCGGAAGCAGGCGGAGGAUCAGAAGAGUAACUUCCUGCUGGAGCUGGUCGUGGAGUAUCUGCCCUCCAUCGUCAUCACACUGGCCAACUUCAUCACGCCGCUGAUCUUCAACCUCAUCAUCAACUUCGAGGACUAUUCGCCUGCGUUUGAGAUCCGCUUCACAUUAAUGAGGUGUGUAUUCAUGCGUUUGGCCAGUAUCGGUGUGCUGCUCUUCUCUCUGUGGGACCAGAUCACGUCCUGUAGAAAUUCAGGCUGUCCCUGCGGCUACAACCAUCAGCUCUACCCCUGCUGGGAGACUCACAUUGGGCAGGAAAUGUAUAAGCUUGUGAUAUUCGACUUCCUGAUCAUUGCUGCCGUCAUCAUCUUCGUGGAGUUUCCAAGGAAGAUCAUUGUGAAUUAUUGCGACUGUGGUUUGGUCAAGUGGUGGGGUCAGCAAGAAUUUGCCAUCCCACAGAACGUGCUGGAGAUUGUUUACGGCCAAACCAUCUGCUGGAUAGGAACCUUUUACUGCCCUUUGCUUCCUGCCAUCAACACCGUCAAAUACAUCCUCGUCUUCUACCUGAAAAAGGUGUCUCUAGUGACCAACUGUCGUCCCGCCACUCGUCCAUUCCGAGCUUCCAGCUCCAACUUCUUCUUCCUGGUGGUGCUGCUGAUCGGUUUGGCUCUGGCGUCCGUCCCUGUCAUCGUCAGUAUUGCAGAGAUCCGCUCGUCGCGAGCGUGCGGCCCGUUCAUGAGCUACAACACAUCGUGGGAGGUGGUGCCGCGUGUGGUUUCCCAGCUGCCCCCCAGCCUGUGCUCCUUCCUGCAGGCGCUCGCCUCUGAGGCCUUCGCCGUGUCCUUCUUCGUCAUCACCUGUCUGGGGAUGUUCUAUGUCAUCGCCUUGGCUGGAGCUCAUAAGCGCGUAAUUGAACAUCUCCGAGAUCAGCUGGCCAUGGAGGGUCAUGAUAAGCGUUUCCUCAUUCAGAAGUUGUGUCAGGCUCAGCAGGCCGUUUAUGCUCAUUCUCCGGAGCGCAGGCCUCCGCGCGGCUUUCGUGGAAACCGUUAUAAAGCUGGAAUGUAUUUAGUGGAGCCGUUGGUGGAGCUGGAGAUGCAGGUGUGAUGCCACUGGAACAAACUCUGUGAAGAGCCUCACCUGCUCCUCUCAUCUGUCGCUACAGGAGUGUGUUUCCAUGUACUUCUGUUGCACAUUUAAAGCUGCUCUUAAACACUGUCACUCAGCACUAACUAGCCUUACACUUCUCCCUGUUAACAAAAUCUACUGUCUAGUGUCUUGUGUUUGUCUUUUGUUCUGUGUUUAAAAAAAAAUACAUAAACUUUUGUAAUUAUCAGUUUGUUCUGAGUGAACUGCUUUACUGUUUGUACAAUAAACAUAAAUAUGAGGGUACAGAAAAA